AAAAGAGAAAGAGAGAAUGACAAAUGGGAAAGAAAAAGAGCUGAUGGGUCGCUUUUUUAUAUCAGUGGUGUGUCGCUUUAAAGCCUUUUUACUAAUCCCACAUUCACCAACUUGCUCCUUAAACACAAUCUGAACUCUCUCUUCUUCUCUGAAUCAAAUCGCGGAUUGGGAAUAUUUUUUUUCACUUUUAAUUACUUCAGGAUUUGGAUUUAGUUUCGCAUUUUGGAUUCUGUGGAUUUCUCCUACCUAAUUUGGUCGAAUAAGGAGAACUUGGGAAAUGAUGAUUACCGCUUGGAACGAUGACUAAUACUGCUUGCGAGAUGGUUAGGGGCUCUAACCUGUUGGUUGGAAGAUGUCAAUGAAUGGAAUGUUUUCUGAGGGACUAACCGGAGAGGCAUCUCUCAAUCGGGAUUUUGAAGCUUUGAGUGUGUCACAGAGGCUUGUUAGAAGUGUUAGUCAGAAGUUGAGGAAGAAAAAUAAUAGAUGUGAAGGAGAGGAAGAGGAUAACGUGAGGGGGGUUUCUGUAAAAUGUCUAACCUUAUAUGGAAGGGGUGACGGUUGUAAAGUGGGUGCUGACACAGGUGAGGAAUAUGGGGAUCCAAGUAGUAGGAGAAGGUUAUCAAGUGCCAGUGAAGAAGGAAAGGGCUACAAACCAAUAUGUGGUACUGACGAUACUGGAGUUGAUUGCUUCUCAUAUGGGGUUAGGGAAAGGUUUUGGAGGAAAAAUAACAAAAAAGAUUUAGAACUUGAAGAUUCAAUACAAAACAGCAGGUUGCACAUCUUUCUUCCAGAUGACGUGUUGGAAAUGUGUUUAGUGAGACUACCAUUGACCAGUCUUAUGAAUGCACGCCUUGUAUGCAAGAAGUGGAGAUACUUGACCACCUCUCCUCGUUUUUUGAAGAUGAGACGAGAUGGUUUGUAUCAGAGUCCAUGGCUGUUUCUGUUUGGGGCUGUUAAAGAUGGCUAUUGUUCUGGGGAGAUACAUGCAUUGGAUGUAUCACAGGACCAAUGGCAUAGGAUUGAUUCUGAUAUUCUAAAAGGAAGGUUUAUGUUCUCUGUUGCUAGCAUCCAGGAUGAUAUUUAUAUUGUUGGAGGUUGUUCUAGCUUGACACACUUUGGGAGAGUGGAUAGGAGCUCGUUCAAAACUCACAAAGGGGUCCUGGUGUUUAGCCCUUUAACAAAAUCUUGGCACAAAGUUGCUUCCAUGAGGUAUGCAAGAUCAAUGCCUAUUUUGGGAAUUUCUGAGGUUAGCUCUGAUUUUUCAGUUGUUCAUGGUCAUCAGCAUCGGCAAGAAAGGCGCUUUCCCAGGUCUCGAAUGGGUGGGGUAUCAGAUGUUUAUGAGGAUCCUCAUCGUCUUUCACUAAGACGUCAGUACAGAAAUGCUUUUGAUGAAAGCGAUGCAUCAUUGUUUUGCGGCAGAAAGUCGCACAAGUUCAUCGGGCAAAAAAAUGAUCAGCAAAAUUCCAAGGGUUGUAAAAGGUUUGUAUUGGUUGCUGUAGGAGGUCUUGGAUCUUGGGAUGAGCCUCUGGAUUCUGGAGAAAUUUAUGAUCCCAUAUCAAAUAAGUGGACAGAAAUCCAGAAGUUGCCAAUAGAUUUCGGGGUGGUCUGUUCUGGGGUUAUAUGUAAUGGGAUCUUUUAUGUUUAUUCAGAGACAGACAAGCUCAUGGGAUAUGACAUAGAAAGGGGAUUCUGGAUAGGAAUCCAAACCUUCCCAUUCCCUCCCCGUGUUCAUGAGUAUUACCCCAAACUUGUAUCUUGUAACGGUCGAUUAUUCAUGCUUUCAGUUUCUUGGUGUGAAGGAGAUGGCCAAAUAGGCCAGAGAAACAAGGCUGUUAGGAAAUUAUGGGAGCUAGAUCUUAUGUACCUUACGUGGACUGAAGUGUCAGUACAUCCUGAUGCCCCAAUGGACUGGAAUGCUGCAUUUGUUGCAGACAAAAACCUUAUAUUUGGGGUGGAAAUGUUCAAAAUCUUUGGUCAAGUGUUGGAUUUCCUGACUGUAUGUGACGUUUCAGACACAGAGACUAACUGGAGUCAUAUUUCAAGGAAUCACAUGACACAUGAAUUGGAUGCUUCUUCAUGUAUUACUAAAUCUCUAGCUGUGCUACAUCUGUGAAGUUCUUGGUGAAUAUUCUGAUUUGUGCAGAAAAUUUUAGAAAUUUUAUUUAUCACAUGAGGAGAUUUUGAGCAUAGAUUGUCAGUCUGAAUUUCAUUCUUUGGACAUAAUGAGUUUGCAUCUGGCAGUUUGUUCUGUCUAUUUUAUUCAGUGCUGUUCAUAAAUUUAUCCUGUAUUCCUAAUCUUACUUUCUUUCUUAUGUUGCAUUAAUAAUGAAUUCAUAUGUUUUUCAUCCA